AUGCAUGUUUUCACGUGCGUAGUCUUUUUUGUUUUGUCAGAAGCUCAGCAGCCUGAUCCCUACGACGAUGAAGCUCCAUCACCCAUGCAGAGGAAAGUGGACGUUUAUCCAGAACCUUUCGGGGAACCAGUGCCGUUUGGACACAUCUUCCGUGAGGGAUUCCAAGAUCCAUUCGCAUUAGCAAAACAGCCCAUAGAUGCUCUGGAACUUCGGAUGAGAACGCCCAAAGAUGAAGAGGAAGCAAAAAAAUAUUUGAAAAUGGGAAGAAAAAAUAUUGCAUUCAUAAAUCCGGUAAUAACGAACAAAUUCGCGACUGCAAAAGAAGCAUUUUUGAGGGAAAUGAUGCUGGAGUCGCCACAUGCCGUCCCUCCUGAGACAAAUGAGACGCGUGUGAAGUGGUUUGAUUUCGCGACAAUGCGAAUUAAAAAUCCUCAGAUACCGCUAAACGUCGAGUAUGCUGCUAGAAGGAAAGAGGAAACGAACCCCCGCCGCCACCCAUCACGAGUACCGACGCCACUAGAUCUAAGUAAGAAAUUAAAUUCUUUUGUUAAAGGCUCUUUCGAGCUUCAACAAGAUAAACGAGAGUCACAAAUGAAUUGGACAACAUGCGACCAGUUUGCUGUUGGAGCCAUCUUUUCACACAAAGAAAUUAUUAAUAUCAAAUGGACUCCGUUUUAUGUUUGGUCCACCGAUGGUAUGGCUUAUUCUGUAGAACAUGUGUUUUCGUAUCCAACCAAAAAGUUAGUGAAUGAGUAUUUUACGAAGUACAACAAGUUUUUGAAUAAAACUGUUGAUUGGUCUAAACCUAAGCUUUUGAUGAAGGGUAUAAGUGAAAUGUUGUUGAUAGCAGUGGACAAGAGGGGACUGUUUGACGCUAUAGCGAAGCACGAGAUACCAAAAUCUGCAGAAAGCAAUCCAAUAACAAUACCAUCGUUGAGUUUACGAUUAAAAAUAGAAGAUCCUUAUUUGAUGAUGAUGUUUUGUGAAGAUCACUUUGCGAUGCUAAUGGCGAUAUCUGGACGGCAACCAACAACUUAUAAAGAUAUUAAAGCAGAAGUAGCAACUAUCAAAUUUCAAGGAAACGGUAGACCUGUUUGGAGAGAUUACGCUGGAGAAGCAGAAAAUAUAAAUUUGGAGCAAGAAAUGAAACGGAGGGAAGAACAGGAUAAAUUUCUAGUAGUUAAUGAACCCCAUACUAAAAAUCUGAAGAAAAUUUUGGAUGGGAAUACAAUAUUACCGGUAACGUGGUCAGCUCGACAGAUAUUGAUGGAAGAUCAUAGAAAUGUGGUUACUUUACUAGUGGAACGAGCAGACAGGGGAGAGUUCUGGCGAUAUCCAUUGUACAGAGAAUUGCGACGACGCACGACAUCGCAGCUGCGUCUCAAAUACAAACGUGAUGACUGUCCAUCGACGCAGCGCACCACUGUCCCUGCCGCUUCAUCUCUUGUCCAUCAUCGAUCCAUUGAACAUAAAAAAUAUAUAGAAAACGACACUGCGACUACACAACGCAGCGCAACGCAUAAAUGGAGCCUCGCUCUGAUACACUAUCUAGAGAAUGAUAAAGAUGCCCUCAAAUAUUGGAUGUAUUUCAUUUCAAUGAUAUGUGGCCAGAUUAGAAUUGUUACUGGCUCACACAAGAUUACUCCUCGAGACGUGCGCUUGAAGCAAACAGGAGAUAAUCGACUAAUAGGCUUCAUGGAUUGUGCUGAUGGAACUAUGUUUGCAAUGGCAAGGAUGAACGAUGUGCCCCCGAAGAACAGACUAGCGGACGAGGCGGCAAGGCUCGGCUUCAAAGGGCGACGAGGUAAAUCCUAUCUGUACCAGGGCCAUGAAUGGCUUCCUAUACCAGAAGACGAUGAAAGAAACUACUGGCACUACCCUAAAAAGAACAAAGAACAAGAAAAAUCAUCUUAUAAAGUCCAGGAAAGUAGCGAAGAAGAAUCAGAAGAAACAAAUAAACCAGAAGAGACUGAACAAAAGGAUAAUUCUGAUAACGAUAAUAAAUUGUUUAGCGAAAAACAUCUGGAGCCAAAUUGCGUCAAAAUAGAGCCUGAAUUAUGGAAUGAUCCGAAACCAGAUCCAAUUAAAACUGAAAACGAAAUAUCUAUCGAAGAUUUACAUAAAUUAGAUGAGAAUGAAACAAUUAAUAUUGAAAAUACAUUACUAAACGAAUCAUAUAAUACUACGAGCAACAAAAGAGAAACAAUAUUAGAAACAAAUGCUGAAAAUGAGGAAAACAGUAAUAUAACAAGUAAUAUCCAACAACAGAAAGUAACCUUAAAUAAUGUAGAAGUAAAGAAAUCAGAAGAAAUAAAAGACGAUAAGGGUCAAAAAGACAAUAAAGUGAUAGACAAAACAAAAGAUAAUACGAAAUCAGAAGUUAAGGAAAUAGAAGAAAAGAAAGUAGAAGAAAAGAAAACAGAAGAAAGCAAAGCAGAAGGAAAGAAAGUAGAUAAGAGAGAAGAAGAUACGAUAAAAGCAGACGAUAAGAAAGCCGAAAGAAAGAAAACAAAUAACGAGCAAGCAAAAGAAAAGAAACCAGAUAAUAAGGAAAUAGAAGAUAAAAAUUCUAAAGACAAUAAAGCUGAACAAAUAAAAGCAGAAAAAAAUAAAGCACAAGAUAAGCAAGCAAAGAAAGAAAAAAUAAAAGUAAAUAAAUCGGAAGGUAAGAAAGUUAAACAAUCGGAAGAGGAGGAAGAUGAAAAUUGUAAUGUUUGUUUUGAUUCAUCACCGUCUAUGUAUUCAACUUCUGAACCUUAUACGCCCUCAGAUGCCCCACACGGGAAGACUGAACGAGGAUUCGAAAAGAAUUUGGUAUCACCCAAAAUAGAGACAUCUACAAAAAUAAAAGAAACGACCAAAACAUCUAAUGAAAAACCCUUAAUAAUUGUAAAUGAUGAGGAUAAUGUUAUCACUAUCAAACCCGUUCCACUCACACCAAUUUGAUUGGUGGUUGAAUUGGGCAUUGUUCGUUUAUCCAGGGUAAACAGUUAAAUCGCAAAUUUUAGUUAUGUUUUGCUGCCUUCGCUGAAUAGACUUGUAUAUUAUAUGAAGACGACAAAUAAAAUCAAACGGCCACCAGACGCACGUAUAAAUACGCCAUUUGCACGCCCCAGAUCACUACGUCAAAAAGUCUGUAAACCAGCGUCUACACCAUUCGAUAUAAUUGGCCAAUCCGAAAUCAGGCGAUGACGACCAACCAAUUCAUAUUUCCAUACACAUGACCCGAUUCGAUUGUCAAUCCAGUCAAAUUGUGCAUACAAUUGUAUCGUCUGGAAGGGGUUUUUUUAAUACUAUGACUAUUGAUAAGUGACAUAUUAUCAUAUGACAUCAACAGCUCACAAGUGCGGCACUGCUGUGCAAAGGCCUAUUCUCAUACAUACAAGGUUUGAGCAUUAAUCUCCACGCUUGUUCAUUACGGGUUGUUGGUUUCAAACUUGAAGUUCAUAAUCAGGUCUCCUCAUGGUGUUUCCCUUAACUAUAAAUCAAUGGUGU